CGCGCGCAUACACACACAUACACACACACAGCCUCCCUGCCUCAGCCUAAGCCUCACUCCAGAGAGGAAGGAGCAUUCUUCGCUUUCUUCUGCUUCCCCGCCCAUCUGUGCUGUCAGCAAAGUUGGCCUCAAACUUGAGCAGAGCCGGAGGCUGCAGCUCCCUGGGAGCUCUGCAGGGGUGGCGCAGGCCCUGGCCUCUGAACCCAGCUGGCCUUGAGAACCCAGCUGGCUCCUUCUCACCCUCCCAGCACCCAGUUGGCCCUUGGGUCCCCGGGCCACCCUUCCAUCCCUGCACUGGAGGCUCCCACUCCGGGCUGGGGAAUGGUGCGCUGAGGUUCCUCUGAAGCCCCUUGUCCAGGCCCUGGAGCUGGAGCAGCCCAAAGCCCAGACCAACAUGGCUAACCCAGGGCAACCUCAGGAGACGGGUUCCACCUCACCGUUGAAACUGCCCGAGAUGGAGAAGCUCCUCACCAAGGUGGAGGGCAAGGAUGACAAAGCCCUGAAUCUGUCCAAGUCCUUCUCGGAGGCUCUGGACUUGGAGAAGAACGGCCACAGCCUGCCCUUCAAGGUGAUCUCCGAGGGGCACCGGGAGGCCUCCCUCCCUGGCUCCCUUUCCCGGGCCAGCUCAAGGCGGGCAUCCUCUGUCGCCACCACCUCCUUCGCCCAGGACCAAGAAGCCCCCAAAGAUUACCUCAUCCUUGCCAUCGCCUCUUGCUUCUGCCCUGUCUGGCCCCUCAACCUCAUCCCCCUCAUUUUUUCUAUUAUGUCUAGAAGUAGUGUGCAGCAGGGGGACCUGGAUGGGGCCCGGAGGCUGGGCCGCCUGGCCCGGCUGCUCAGCAUCACCUUCAUCAUCAUGGGGAUCAUCAUCAUCAUCGUGGCGGUCACCGUCAAUUUUGCAGUUCAGAAGAAAUAAAAGUAACCAGGGAGCCGUGCAGGCAGAGGAAGACCCUGGUCAGCCACAGAGCUCCAAACCCAUACCCUGUACCACAGGAGGACUAGAUGGUGACUGCCAAGUGCCCACCUGUCCUCAAGCUCCAAAAGCACAAACUUGGAGGGAAACCCCAAGUUACCCCACUGUCAGUCCACAUCAGAUGGGAAAAUCUGGAGAAAGAAUGGAAAGAAGAAAGGAAAGAAAGAAAGAAGGAAAUUAAAUUUACCAUGAAAACUAUGAAUAAUGUGGUUUAAUCUCCUGGACACAUCCCAGCCUUUUGACCCCAAGGCUCUGGGUUUGUUCCUUGUGCCUGCAAUUUCCUGGGACCUAUGAAGUAGCAUAAACUGCCAGAAUGAGAAGAAAACCAGCUCCACAAAUAAGACCAAUUAUGUAGAGAAAGCAGCAGCCCAGGCCCUUCCUUCCUUGGACAGGAGCAAAGAUGUGGGACUUUACCUUUUAUAUUUUUCUCAAAAGCACACUUUGCAUGCUCUGUGCCACAUGCCUGCUGUGACCCCCUACCUGAGCUCACAGGUGAAGCUGCCACUUGGCACAUGCCCUCGGGCACCCCAUGGUGCCUUUCCCUGGAAAGAGGCCAUGGCCACACACUUAAACCUCCCUUGCAGGGUGGAGGCACUUACAGGGAUAUUGGUGAAGGCGAGUUCAGGGGCAGCAGGACACACUGACCUCUUCCCAAACUUUUCAGCCUCGGAACCCCUCUGCUGAGAACUCUGGCCCCAGCAUGCUUCCCAGGACAACUCUUGCUCCCCACCUGUGCUGUAGCCUGGGAGAGCACCAACAGGAACUUCUGGGACCUGACCUAACCUAGGUCAGCCGUGGGGAGGGCAGGGCUCACCCUGCCGGGGCCUCCUCCAUGAUCCGGGGUGCAAGCUUGAGAACCUAUGCAAAGUGGCUCAGGGGUCCACAUCCCUAACACUCAGGGUCCCCAUGCAGAGUGCCUUGGGUGGGGCCUGGCUUUAGUCUCAUCUGAUGCUCUAUGUUUGGCCCAGUGUUCCUGGACAUCCACAAGCAGAAAAUGCUUUCUCUGUUAAAGUGGUUUGGGGACCACCCUCAGGGGACUUCCCAUGAGCUUCCAAGCUGCUAGAGGUAUUCGUGCUGCUUGAAGAGGAAUGGGCUGGGUUGGAUCUAGAGGUCCUAGACAGAGGAAGGGCUUAGUGGAAGGGUCCAGUCUUUGAAGAGUAAGGGGCCCCAGGUUUGGGAGAUAUAAUCAUAUGCCCAGAGGCAGGGGCUGGACGCCACAGCCUCUGAGUUUGAGGAUCUAGAGGGACACCUGAAAAGAGCUAAAUAAGGCCCUCUGCCUCCCACUGUUCCUUGGCCCUGUGAUCUCCCCAGAUUUCUCCCGGGCAGAGGCUGUGCCCACAGGGGCCUCACCUGCUCCUGGGUGCCCCCUGGCUUCAACUCAGACCUGGAGAGAGAUGCCCAGGCUUGCCCACCCCACAGCCAGGGUUACUACCCUCAAUGGGGGGACAGGUUCCCAGGCACAGCCUGUUUUGCCUGUACUCGAUCAGGACCCACAUGCUCCUCUCUGAGGCCCUUGCCUCUCAGAGGCUCCAGAGCAGAGCCGGUGAGCACAGAGACUCUGGCUGCCGGA